CAAACCAAAAUUCAUAACCAUUUCAACAGUAAUCGUUUCACAAAAAUCAACUUAUCUCAACUUAUAUAUAGGCUGAACCUAAAACUUAAACUUAAGGUCCUAUAAGUUUGAACAGAACAAACAACACCUCCUAAUAAUGGUAGAAACAGUGUCAUUAAAUCAUUUCUCAACCUUUAAUUUGUUUUUUUUAAAAAAAAUGAAAGGCUGAAAAAGGGGAAAUAAUAGGUUGAAACUGAGAGAAAGAGAGCAGAAGAAAGAGAAAAAGGAAAGAAGAGAUGACGACAAGUAUCACAUAAAAAACCAGUGGGUUAAAUAUUUUCAUAGGAUAUUGCUGUAAAAAGCCUGUUUCUUUUCUGUGUAAGCUUAAAUUCCGGGAGCUCUCUUUCCUUCUUUUUCCCACCCCUGCCCCAAUUCCAAUUAUCUUACCACUAUCAAACAAUUUACAAUACUCAAUACUCAAUACUCAAUACUCAACUCAACUCUUGUAUUAUUAUUAUUAUUCUUAUUAUUUUUAUUACUACUACCCCCAUUUUUAUUUUAUUAAGACCUCAUUUUCAUUUUAUCUACUUUUUAUUUAGAGAGAGAGAGAGAAAAAAUGGAGAAUGAUAAUAAUAAUAACAAUAAUAGUAAUGGGUUAUACCCUAUGAUCAUGAUGCAACCACCUUCUCUUUCACAUCAUCAUCAUCAUCAACAUCACCAUAAUUCAAAUCAUCACAACAAUAACAAUCACAAUAACAACAAACUUUGUUGUUGUUCUUCUUCAUCUUCUGUUACAGUUGCUGCUGCUGCUGCUGCGGCUGAAUGUUAUGAUAAUCAUCAGCAUCAUCAACAACAACAUCAACAACAACUGAUGGGAUUGGGAAUGGAGAAUCUUACUAGUAGUAGUAACAAUGGUGGGAAUAUUAAGGCUAAGAUUAUGUCUCAUCCUCAUUAUCCCAGACUUUUAUCUGCCUUUGUUAACUGUCAAAAGGUGGGAGCGCCGCCGGAAGUGGUGGCAAGACUAGAGGAAGCAGAGACAAUGAUGAUGAAUCAAGGUGGAGGAAGAGGCGGCGGAAGCGGCGGCGGAGGAUAUAUAGGGGAAGAUCCAGGGUUGGAUCAGUUUAUGGAAGCAUAUUGUGAAAUGCUUGGAAAAUAUGAGCAAGAAUUAACCAAACCUUUUAAAGAAGCCAUGCUCUUUCUUUCAAGGAUUGAAUGCCAAUUUAAAGCCCUAACUCUUACCUCACCUUCACACUCUCCUUCUUCUGCUUGUGGGGAGAUUCCGGAUCGAAAUGGAUCGUCUGAAGAAGACAUUGAUGUAAACAAUAACUUCAUAGAUCCUUCGGCGGAAGACAGGGAAUUGAAAGGGCAGCUGCUACGGAAGUAUAGUGGAUACUUGGGAAGUUUGAGGCAGGAAUUCUUGAAGAAGAGGAAGAAAGGAAAGCUUCCUAAAGAAGCUAGGCAAGAAUUACUUGAUUGGUGGAGCAGACACUACAAAUGGCCAUAUCCAUCUGAGUCCCAGAAGCUCGCGUUAGCCGAGUCCACGGGAUUGGACCAAAAGCAGAUAAACAAUUGGUUCAUCAACCAAAGGAAAAGGCAUUGGAAACCAUCGGAGGACAUGCAAUUUGUGGUAAUGGAUGCUGCAUCACAUUCCCAUGCUCAUUCUCAUGCUCAUUCUCACUAUGGUGGUUACAUGGACAACGUCCUUGGCCCUCCUUAUCCCAUGGACGUCUCUUCAACUCUUAUGUAACGCCUAUCAUCAUCAUCGUCAUCAUCAUCAUCAUCGUCAUCAUCAUCGGGAUAUAUAUAACUAUAACUAUAUAUUGUCGCCUUAAUUAGCUUAAUUAACGGUUAUUUGGUAUUGAUAAUUACAUUAUUAAUUUGUACUUAUACUUGAUUAAUGAUGGAUCCGAACCCCUCUUAGACGAUA